GCAGCUCCUUUAAUACACUUUGGUUCUCCGCCUGGCUUUGGACUCUUCUCCUCCUCCACCUCCUCCUCCUCCUCCUCCCGCGCCUCCUCCGCCGCCGCCUCCUCCUCCUCUUCCUCUCCGCGCCUUCGCUCCGCGCCCGGCCGCCGGAGGCAGAUCCAGGCGGCGGCGGCGGAGGCGGCGGGCGCAGGAGCGCGGCUCCCGGGGCUGAAGCCGCCACCACCACCGCCGCCUGCGCUCGGAGCCGGGCGGCCGCUGGACGCACAGCGCGCGGGGCGGGAGUGGGAGCGGAGGAGGCGCGGGGCUCGCCGGGGCCGGCGGGGCGGGUGGGCGCGCUGGCCAUGCUCCUGGACGCGGGGCCGCAGUUCCCGGCCAUCGGGGUGGGUAGCUUCGCGCGCCACCAUCACCAUUCGGCCGCGGCGGCGGCGGCGGCUGCUGCCGAGAUGCAGGACCGCGAACUGAGCCUGGCCGCGGCGCAGAACGGCUUCGUGGACUCGGCGGCCGCGCACAUGGGCGCCUUCAAGCUCAACCCAGGCGCGCACGAGCUGUCCCCCGGCCAGAGUUCGGCGUUCACGUCGCAGGGCCCCGGCGCGUACCCCGGCUCUGCUGCGGCUGCCGCCGCCGCCGCCGCGCUCGGGCCCCAUGCAGCGCACGUCGGCUCCUACUCUGGGCCGCCUUUCAACUCCACCCGGGACUUCCUGUUCCGCAGCCGCGGCUUCGGGGACUCGGCGCCGGGCGGCGGACAGCAUGGGCUGUUUGGGCCAGGAGCCGGCGGCCUGCACCAUGCGCACUCGGACGCGCAGGGUCACCUCCUCUUCCCUGGCCUCCCGGAGCAGCACGGGCCGCACGGCUCUCAGAAUGUGCUCAACGGGCAGAUGCGCCUGGGGCUGCCGGGCGAGGUAUUCGGGCGCUCGGAGCAGUACCGCCAGGUGGCCAGCCCGCGGACCGACCCCUACUCAGCGGCGCAGCUCCACAACCAGUACGGCCCCAUGAAUAUGAACAUGGGUAUGAACAUGGCAGCGGCCGCGGCCCAUCACCACCACCACCACCACCACCCUGGUGCCUUUUUCCGCUACAUGCGGCAGCAGUGCAUCAAGCAGGAGCUCAUCUGCAAGUGGAUCGACCCGGAGCAGCUGAGCAACCCCAAGAAGAGCUGCAACAAAACUUUCAGCACCAUGCAUGAGCUGGUGACCCACGUUUCCGUGGAGCACGUCGGCGGCCCGGAACAGAGCAACCACGUCUGCUUCUGGGAGGAGUGUCCGCGCGAGGGCAAACCCUUCAAGGCCAAAUACAAACUGGUCAACCACAUCCGCGUGCACACAGGCGAGAAACCCUUCCCCUGCCCCUUCCCGGGCUGCGGCAAGGUCUUCGCGCGCUCCGAGAACCUCAAGAUCCACAAAAGGACCCACACAGGGGAGAAGCCGUUCCAGUGUGAGUUCGAGGGCUGCGACCGGCGCUUCGCCAACAGCAGCGACAGGAAGAAGCACAUGCACGUCCACACCUCCGAUAAGCCCUAUCUGUGCAAGAUGUGCGACAAGUCCUACACGCACCCCAGCUCGCUGCGGAAACACAUGAAGGUCCAUGAGUCCUCUCCGCAGGGCUCCGAGUCCUCCCCAGCCGCCAGCUCAGGCUACGAGUCGUCCACGCCCCCGGGGCUGGUGUCCCCCAGCGCCGAGCCCCAGAGCAGCUCUAACCUCUCCCCGGCGGCGGCGGCGGCGGCGGCAGCGGCGGCGGCGGCGGCGGCGGCCGUGUCCGCGGUGCACCGGGGCGGAGGUUCGGGCGGCGGCGGCGCGAGCGGCGGCUCCGGCGGAGGCAGCGGCGGCGGGGGCGGCGGCGGGGCGGGCGGCGGGGGCGGCGGCGGCAGCGGCGGCGGGGGCAGCGGGACAGCCGGGGGCCACAGCGGCCUCUCCUCCAACUUCAAUGAAUGGUACGUGUGAGAGCCCGGGGCGUCUCUUCCUCUCCCGGUCCCCGCCCUGGCGCAGCCCUCCCGGUGGCGAGCGCUGAGGGCACCCUGUGAUGUGUUGUUAAAAUUAUGAAUCUGAUUUUUAUGAUGAUGAAAAUGAUUUUACCAGCAGAAGGAUUUUUAAAAGUUUGUUUUUGUUUUUGUUUUUAAAUAAUCUAGGCAUGAAAAGCAAAAAUAUCCCUUCCGGAGUCUCCGCUGAAAACAUAAAAUAAGAAAUUUUAAAAAAAAUAAUAAAAAAUUAAAAAAACCCAUAAAAAUCUUGAACCAAACCCCCUUCCCUUCCCCCCAUGCCCUCUUUUCCUUCUCACCCACUUCCCAGUCUUCUGACAAACUGUACAUAGCGAACUCCUUCCUUCUCCAAGGUGGUUUUAAUGGCUUCUUGGUGUAUAGAAGUUUGUCCAUUCAUAACUCUCCGGAUUGCGUUCCUCCCUGCCUUUCUUCCCUUCUCUUCCCCAAGUGAUGGGCUUUUUCUUUUCUCUUUUUAGUUCACCCGGUUUCUUUUUAAGUAAUGUGGAAGAAAAUGGUUUAUUUUGUAUCGUGGUAUUGAAUAUUGUGUUCCUUUUUAUGAGGCAACUUGAUUGUAAACUUCAUGCAACUAUAGACUGGAAAAAACCGAGCCGUGCCAAAGUCUCCCUUCUGUUUCUUCAACACAUUGAUCCACAGCACACACACACCACCACCACCACCAACGCUUGUGAAUGUAUUUUUCUGUUAGCUGGGUUUACAUGUGAUGUUUUAGUGCUUUUGCAAGUUCAAUUUGUUAGUUCCUGUAUGAAAGAUUGUGGGGGAAAAUAAACGUUGUGCCGUUAGCUUUUCCGUAAUAACACCCUUCCUUCUGUAAAUACCCGUUACCAUAUUUAUCCAUUUGUAAUUAAAUUAUGGUAUUAACUUGCUACAGAGGAAACAAUAUUUAUAAAGAAUGUUUCUUAACUAUAAAUAUGUACAAUUGUGGGCAUAAACUGUUUCAGAUUUUUUAUUUGAAGGUUUUAAGUGGUUUGAUCAUUUCUUGUGAUAUGUUUUGAGAGUAAUGCAUACAGAAAUAUAAUAAAAUGUGUUGAAACUGCA